AAAAGCGAUUCCAAUGUGGAGGAGAUAUUGGAACGGGUUUCGGAGAAAGAAAUUCAUGAACUGCAGGCACAGGAGCUAGCCUCUCGGAAAGCGUUGGCGAAGAAGCGGGCUCAGUUGUUUGCUGAACGUGGUCUGGGCAUGCCGGAUUUAUCCGAUCUUAUGUUAGAUGACUGUUAG